AAUUAAUAGAUUGUUGAUAAGGUUUUGAUGUUUCAUCAUAAAGGUCCGAUUCACUUCCUACUCUGGUGGCAAGAGCAAUCUGGAAAAUUUUGCCUACCUGCCAACAACAAUUAUGAAUGUUGUAAACGGAACACCUGAAUAUGCUCAAUGGAACUACAGAAUCGCGUGCCAUCCCUUGAAAGAUGAUCUACCAACAGCAGUAUUCAAACUUGAAGACGAUGUUUCAAUAAGAAUGCAGCGUAAAAUGCCACUAGACAGGGUUAAUGAAACUCGUGUUGCAAGGUUUACUCUUGCGGAAAGGUUACCAAGGAACCAUAGACCAGUACAUGAAAGGAGUUAUCACUGGGGUCUCCUAGAUGACUUGAUGUACCAAAUUCCUGGCAAGGACAACUAUGGAGCUGUGAUUACAGAUGAUGCUCUUGGACUUACGUUGUAUGAUAUUCACUCGACCACAGAACCUAUGGUGAAAGUUAACACCGCUCAAUACAACAGAUAUUACAAAGUGGUAGAAAAGGAUGCUAUGGGCAACAAAGUUGUACAUAGAGGUUUCUCUGACCCGAACAUGUUUGCUGCUCAGACAACAAACCCAAAGAUUUCUGGGCUAGCUGUAACGACUUGUCAUACAACGGGACACGGUCACAACAGACACGAGGUUUGUAAAACGGUGAAAGAGAGAUACACAUGGGCGGUACCACUCGAGAUCGUGUACAUGACACCGCUGCUAAAAUGGAACCCUUACAACCUGCAUCACGUCGAGUCAUCAAGAGGUCCAGCAAUUGCCAGUGUCGUACAUGGUCCAAAUGGUACACGUAAUGGUGGUUUCACAGUAGACAAGGCAUUUAAUGGUACCCAUGGCAAGGCUUUUUACAGAACACCAGUCGAAUUCUUCUCAACAACUAAGGCAGUUGGAUCCGACCGAGCCGAUACAGCUAAAGGAUCCGUCGGAGUGCUGGAUAGAAAUGGUGUAGUUCGUAAGACAGUUGCGUCCGGUAACCGUAUCGUUCUUCCAUCUAUUGGUGGAGGAGUUGGUAAAGUAAGAACCCGCUACCCGAUAAUGCCACUUCACUCUGAUGGUCAGGAUACAAGAAAGGAACUUGAUGCUCUUAAGGAUAUGGUGAUGAGAAUGCCAACGUACUCUGCCUUAUUCGAAGAAAUACCAACAACAGUCUCGAAAGCAAACACCCUUUUCCUCGAGCAAGAACAUGUUCUAAAGGUCUCACCUACCACACGUGAUCCUCCUGGACUCCACGAGCACACCAUCCUUAUUCACGAGUAUGACAUUGAAGACAUGAAGAAAGGUCAGGUUGUCAAAGGUCUACUUACAAGCAUUGAUAACGGUCACCAGCACAGCAUUGAUAUCAAGAUGAACAGUAAUGGAGACUACGUCAUGGUGUCGUGUGACGGCAUGGCUCACUGCUGGGAUGGUCACGAUAGUCAUCUAACAUUGGACCAUUAAAUGUUCAUGUAGCAAAAUGGUUAAAAUAUAAACAAAACUUUG